UCAGACAUUUCUAAGAGUGAGCAUUAGGAUGUGAGCUCAUACGCCGCUUUCAUCUACAGAAUGUCACUUAGAGAACUUGCUCUCGAAUAGUUCACUAACACCUUCAGCACUGAGGACACUGGCAACCAAGAAGAACUGAAGAAUUUUCAGAAUGAGUCAAGCUGAAGAAAGUGGAAUCCACUCGUCAUGGAAUAUUGUGAGGAUGGUAGUCUGCGCAAUACUGAGCUUGGCAUUUAUUAUUGGGACCCCUGGAAAUUGCAUUGUCAUCUGGACUGUUUGCACAAAAAUGAAGCAAGUGUCUCCUUCAGUCCUGCUGAUCUUGAACCUGGCCGUUGCGGAUGUCCUCAUACUGAUUACUUUACCAAUCUGGAUUUACUCCUUUGCUGACUCAUGGGUUUUUGGAGUCACCUUCUGCAAAAUUUUGGUUUUCGUUAUUUAUUGCAGCAUGUAUGCUAGCAUAUUUCUAAUAACAGCAUUGAGCUUGGAGCGGUUAAUGGCUGUAUUUUACCCUUUCACAAUUCAAAGAUGCAAAACCAAAGAAAAAAUUGUGUUGGUCAUGUUCUUCAUUUGGUUCCUGUCUAUUUCUUUUGGCAUUUCUGUCGUUCCAUUUCAAGAGACAGAAGAAAUGAAUGGCAGACUACUAUGCACAUGUCGCAACUACUCUUCUGAUAGACAGAAAGUGUCGUAUCUCUUGCUGGAGACUCUUGCAGGUUUUGUAAUCCCUUUUCUAAUUAUUUGCACUUGUUACCUGUGUGUUGCAAGAAGAAUAAGCAGAAUGACUUAUAAAUCUAAGCGGCGAUCGGAACGGCUCAUUACCAGCAUUGUGGUGGCAUUCAUUUUAUGCUGGUUCCCUCAUCAUCUCUUUAACAUCCUGGAUAUUAUUUCAAUACAGAUAGAAUACUCUAACGAGGAAAUGUCUUUGGCGCUGGAUGAAAUUGUAGGCAGGGGAGUGUACAUCUCUGGAGCACUUGUAUUCAUCAGUAGCUGUGUUAACCCUCUACUUUAUGCUUUUGCUGCACGAAGAUUUCAGAAUCACCUGAAUUUUGCCAAGAUAUCAAAGCUGUUUGAGCAGAUGAGUCAGACUGUAACAGAGGAAGACAAGAAAAGAAGUUUGGUUUUAACAAAACCAGAAGAUACAUUAGUAAGAACAGAAAAUCUCUAACAAGGAACAUGGACUUAGCAAACAAUGUGAUUCCGUGCCAUUCCUUCAGUCCUUUCUCCUCACGCUCUCAGUUUCAUUUACUAAGCAGUCCAGGUAAAGCCAGAGACAGGUAAAAGCCAUUAAGGUUUAUUUUGUGUGUUAUAAAAGGAUUGGCAUUGACAGCCUAGUUCAGUUCCUACAUUACAACCACACCAUGAAAUUAGCAUGAUUCUAGUGAUGCUGAGAACCUCAGCAAGGUGGCUAGAAGCUCAAAGGGUAGGGAAUACAGUGUUUUUACUUUCCAUUACAAUUAUUUGUGAUUUCUAGAGAGUCUGUGUACAUACAUGGGAAACAGAAACUUUGGAAGUUUAUAACUAUGUUUUCCUUCAGAAAAAAACUUGUUGGAUGCUCACAAAUCCUUAUACAAUCUAGAGUUUUAAGAGACCAUACUUAAUUAAAUUCUUGAUGUGGUAAGAAUGGUUUGAAAGUAUUUUAAUGAAGCAUAAAAGUCUUUUGGGUAGGUGGAAAAAUACAAAGCUGCAUUUAUUCAUUGCUUUAUUUAGGUUUUAAAGUAAUAAGUGUUGUUUACACAGUCAAGCUCAUUUACUGCAUUAUCUCGCAUUAAUAGGUUUUAACAAGUAAAAUGUGAAGUGUGAAAUGCCUCUCUGGAAAAAAAAGAGGAGGUACGGGAAUUCUGUGUUGUAUGGCAAACGUGGUUAUGGACUUCAUGCUAUGUUUGAUGUCAAAUACAUCACAUAGUUCAGUCACAAACUGUCAAUAUAUUAAAUAUACAUACAAUGUUAUAUAUAUACUCAAAAAGUUUGAUUCAGGAUACUGAAAAAGUUUGAUUCAGUUAAGCUUCCAAGAUGUCCAUUAAAUUAUGGAGGAACUGGAUCAGGCUGUGGUGGGAGGGAAGGAGAGAUCCUUCUACUGUUUUUUUAUGUGUAAGAAAAUUAUGUAGUAGUGUGAAGCCUCUGAUAAAUAAGAACUCCACCUUGCAAAUAAAAGCAUAAUUUUUUCUUCUUUUAUACAAUAAGGUGGGCUUUGCCAUAAGAAACCAAUAAGUUUAGCACUUGCAAGGACCUUAGUUUAGUUUUGUGAAUGUGUGCAAACUCACUGUGGAAAAUUACAAGGAAUCAAUUGUUUGCUUUUGAAGUUUUUUGAAUUUCAAUUGCACCUAACAUUUUUUAUACUUACUCAUGCUUAUUUUUAAGUCAAUGAUUUGUAAUAAGAUCGAGGUAUCUACUGAUUACUAAGAAACAUAUUGUUGAUUUCCUGUACAUUGUUCUGGACAGCUGAUAAACAGCCGUGUUACCCCUCAUUACAAAUACUAACAAGAACUUAGUUUUCAAUAUCGGAUUAUGUAACAACCAGGAGCAUUGGAGUUGUACGAAUGUAGCUUGUAAACUGAAGUAAACAUGGGGAAAUCAAAGCCUUAUCUAUUAAUGGAAGAGUAUUUCUCUAAACUUUGCAUGUGUGUUUGUUAUUCCUGUGUGUUUAUAAAGUCAAUUUUACAGUAGAUAAAACUUCAGCCAGACCUUGUUUUUAGCCAAGAGUAAGUGGCAGAUGAAAUAUCCUUAGAGUUUACCCCAUCCACCUACCACUCUUUUCCUCAGUUGCUGUUAGUAUAUUCAAUAUAGCACUCUGAGAUUAUCUCACAAUAAAAGCAGUAACUUUAUUUCUCUGCUGCAUAAAAAUAUGAGGCCUUAUUUCCCAAUAUGUUCUUCACACAGGAGUCACUCACUAUUCAGAAGCCCAGAAACGAUGAGAUAAUAAGCACACGAGUGCUACAGUUGCACUACAGUCCUAGGCCACAAGGAGCCAAGCAUUUCACAACUCACAGGUUGGGAGAAGACUCAGACAAGCAAGCUACCAAACCAGAAUUUUCCUUUCUAUUGGUCUGCACCCUAUACCUAACUAUAAUCGAUCUUCUCAUUAGGAUUUGGGUUAAACCCCUAACCAUCUCUGUGUGUUUAUCAUGCAUCUCAUGAAUGAAGCAGUCUUUUUUUGUGCCAUCUGCUAUUCAACAAGCCUUUUGGGAGCACUGACUGUGUGUUCAUGGAAUCAUAGAAUCACUACGUUGGAAAGGACCUACUGGAUCAUCAAGUCCAAACAUUCCUAACAAUCCCUAAACCAUGCCCCUUAGCACCUUGUCCACCUGUCCUUUAAACACUUCCAGGGAAGUGUUCCAGGAACCACCUCCCUGGGCAGCCUGUUCCAGUGCCCAGUGACCCUUUCCAUUAAAAUUUUUUUCCUGAUGUCCAGCCUGAACCUCCCCUGGUGGAGCUUCAGGCCAUUCCCCCUUGUCCUGUCUCCAUCACUUGGGAGAAGAGCCCAGCUCCCUCCUCUCCACAACCUCCUUUCAGGCAGUUGUAGAGAGUAAUAAGGUCUCCCCUCAGCCUCCUCUUCUCCAGGCUAAACAACCCCAGCUCUCUCAGCUGCUCCUCGUAAGACUUGUUCUCCAGCCCCCUCACCAGCUUUGUUGCUCUUCUCUGGACACACUCCAGAGCCUCAACAUCCUUCUUGUGGUGAGGGGCCCAGAACACAGGAUUUGAGGUGCAGUCUCACCAGUGCCGAGUACAGAGGGAGAAAAACCUCCCUGGACCUGCUGGUCACACCGUUUUUGAUACGAGCCAAGAUGCCAUUGGCCUUCUUGGCCACCUGGGCACACUGAUGGCUCAUGUUCAGUCAGGUGUCAACCAACACCCCCAGGUCCUUCUCCUCCAGGCAGCUUUCUAGCCAGAAAUGCUUUAUGCCCAGCAAUGCCCAGCCCAGAGCAAACUGUAAAGGAAUCAGUGGACAGAUACAUAGUCUGUGCGAUACAGCCUGGUGCAGUGAUAUUUGGGUUUUGUUUGUUUGUUUGUUUUAAAUCAAUUGUGAGUCAGACAUUUUUUCUUUUCAUUUUAUCCAGUCACUCUCAGACAAGUAAACUUUGCUGCUCGGGCUGCGUCCUGCCCACCAUCCAGGAAUCUUAAAAGGGGAACUUAGUGACAUCCACGGAUCAGUAAAUACAUUCAAAGGAACAAUGAAGUUUUUAGGUAACGCAGUUUCAAGUUGAAAGCUAUUACUUUGAGGAUUCAGAAUAAUAAAGAGACCUAAACUAAUUUAACUGAACUGUGAGAAUGUUUCUUAUGGUCAACAGAGCAAAAAGCAGUACAAUGCCUAUAUUCUACUUCUCUGCUUUGUCAGUAGAUAGCAUGAAUUUGCUACCUCAAUAUUCAUUCUCAACAUUCUCUCCACUGCUCUUUUCUCACAACUGCAGUGUUGAAGUACAUAGAAAACACGCGGUCUAUCAAGGAGCUCAAACCAUCCUCUUGUGUUCGUAUUGAUGGCCUCGGGCAGCUGCCUCCAGUAGUCAGUCAUCUUUAAGAACCGUGUUUCUUAUGAAGGCUCUUUGAGGAGUGGUAAAAGAUGCUAAAUGAGCAACUUUAGCUAACUUCACUUUUCCAUAGAGCGAACAGAGUUAAUUCUUACAAACAUUGGUAUGCAGAGAUAAAACCUCUGAUUCAGGAUUUUUGGCAACACAGCCAUGAUGUAACUGGGUCCAUAAGAGUCAGUGAACAGGUACACAUGAGGCCUAUCAAUGUAGCAAGAUUUACCACUUCAUCUAUGCUAACGUGUUCAAUUACAAGACUACAGGGAUUCCUGUGCAGUGCAGGGAUUCUCCGUUCGGCCAGUGGAUAGUGGAUAUUCUUGUCUCCUAAAGUACUGAAUCCCAGCCAAACCUAAGACCUAGCAUAGAUGUGGUCCAAAAUGCUGCAUCUUAUGAUAGUGAUACUUCAUGCUUCUUGUUGACUACAUUCCAUGUCCAUCUUACAGAUAAUACUGGAAGGCUGGUAGAAAGCAAAGACUUUCCGUGAUUGUUGAGGCUAGUUCAAAGCAGUCAUCGGGAUGUGAGAGCGGUUUUACUUGUGAGACACUUGGACCCUCAGGAGAAAAACAAGAGUGUCUCAUUUGAGUUCCUCUUAUUUUUCUUACUUCCCGUCUCUUCCGUCCUUGUUUAUGAAGUCUGCCUGUGGUUUCAGAGCCUGGCUUUUUCUCAUGACACAGCAAGGAAGGAGGCUGAAAUAAGAGAGAGCUGCUUCAGUCACCUGAGUCAAACCACCUUAGGUUACACUGAAGUAAAGGGAACAUUACCAGUAAUCAGAGCAACACUAUAUAGAACACUGAGUUCUGAGAGGUGACCAGAUGGUUUGAAUUUCUCCGGUUUGUAAAAAUUAAUAAUCUUCUAACAUUAAAGUCUUACCCAGCCUGAAACUUGCUGUGACCAUUCCAUGGGUACACAUCAGGAAUUUAUCACGCUGUAGUAGGAUCAUGCUGCAUAAAGUGAAUUCAUUCUGCAUUAACAGGGUUGAAGAAGAGUCUGAAGUAUUUUUAGUUCAUGCAGAGUCAAUAUACAAGAAGGAUAAAAGAGAACACAAAGAAGAAGUAUCAAUCUUACAGCUUUUGUUGCCUGUUUCAAAAGUUUCUAUAGGCAUCUUGGUAAAAUAGUUAUUAUGGAGGUCUGGAUUGAAACAGUGGAGCUUUGUGGAUAUUUAGAGGCAAAUUGUCAUUUAAGAGGGAACAAAAGGGAAAUCAGAAGUCCUUAUUUGCAGACAAAACCAGGGGAACUGCAUUCUACUAAAGAAAAUUUAUUAUUUUUUUCUUCAAUGAAGCCAGCAGAUAAUUGUCUAUGAAAAAGUAAAAAAAAAAAAAAAGUUAAGAAACAUUUUGAAGACAGUUAAGACUGCAGCUCUGAAACUCUUAGGAUUACUAUUAACAGGGCUAAAAAUAUUUGCUUGCAAGACUUCAGUGAAAGGAAUAAAAAACCCUGGAAGCUAACAGAAAGCAUGGAGACUGCAUAGGCAUGCAAAAUCUUUCACAUUCAAGCAAGAGUCUGAUCCAUGAUAAACAUUUUAGAAGAUUCAGAAUUAGUGAAUAUUAGCAAAGGUGGGUUUUUUCCUCUGGUUUUAUGUCCUACAACUCUUGUAUUAUUCCCUUUUCUGCAUUUAUAGGGAAAAUGGAUGAGUAAGAUAAGUUUUGUGUUUGAUUGGUGUGGAAAAGCAAGUGAGAAAUAAGUCAGCUAAGAUUAUUAAGAAGAACACAGCCUUAGAAUGAAAUUGAGAAGUUCAGCUAUGAAAGAGCCGAGAAGAGAGCAAACAAAGAGAGCAGAGAAGGAAGUGAGGACUCUUCUGUUGCAAAGCAGUUUCAGGUUUUUGUAAAUGAUCUCUUGUCAGGUCAGUUAUGACUAAAACAGUUUGUUAUUACAAAACUCCUCAGCUAGAUUUCCACUGGUUGUUAAUAGGUUAAAGAAUCAACCCACACUUUAGGGAGGCAUAACCCUGUCCUCACUGCUCCUGUUAGAGCUCAGAGCUGGGUGUAACCAGGGCUGGGAUGAUGGCCACUAGGAUUUCAGAAACUUUACAACUCUGUUUGCAGUGCUAAGGAAAUUCUCACACUGAUAGGUACAGAGAUAAGAGUAUCAUGUGCUGGUUGAUUUCUUCAUGUCUUCUUUCUCCUUAAAUUAAUUAUUUUAAAAGUCAUACUACAAUAAGGAUGCAGUGUUUUAAACUACAAUCGUGUAAGUUGAAAAAAGGUUCAGAUUAAAAGAAAAUUAUUUUUAUGAAA